AUGACGUCCCCCGAACUGUCCAACGGGGCCACCUCCUCGUCCUCUUCCACCUCUCGGGGCCAACAACAGCGAAACAACCCCUACUACCCAACCCCCACCGAACUCGUCGCUCUCGCGCUCUACCCCACCCUCCUCCUCUUCGGCACCCUCUUCUCCUUCCUCAACCCCAGUGUCCGCUCCAGUCCCUACGACUUCAUCUCGCAAUCGCACGUCCAAGAUUCCGGCGCUGUGCCGUCGUAUUUUGCGAGAAAGGAUAAUCUGUUUAAUGUCCUUUUUGUGAAGAGGGCUUGGUUCUGGAUUACUGUUUCUUUUUUCGGGUUUUUGUUGACGCACCCUGGUUACAACGGGGUCCGGGGAGGGAGUGGAAGUGGAAGUGGGAUGGGGAGCAAGGUCAGGGCGACGGUAAGAUGGGCACUGGUUACCCUCUGGUGGGUGUUUGUCACGCAGUGGUUCUUUGGUCCGGCGAUUGUCGAUCGCGGGUUCAGGGUUACUGGUGGAAAGUGUCAGGAGGCGCAGGGGAGGGUGAAUGCGCAGGUGAAGGCGGAUUCGAUGCCUGGUCCUGUCGGAGGCCAGGGAGGUGAAGGGGGUAAUGUGGUGGAUGUGGCUGGGUUCAAGGAGUUCGUCACGGCGGCGGCGUGUAAAGCCGCGGGAGGCAAGUGGCAGGGCGGACACGAUAUCUCGGGUCAUGUGUUUUUGCUGGUGUUGGGGAGCGCGUUUUUGGUGCAGGAGGUUGGAUGGGUUGUUGCGAAGCAUUAUUGGAGACGGAAUGUCAGGGAUGAGAGGACGGUGGUGAUGCAUGAUGGGGCUGUGAAGAGUGCGGGCACGGAUUUGCCUCGGGAGACGACGACGGGUGAGGAGAAGAGGUGGGAUGAUUAUAGCCCGGAGAUGGAUGAGGCUAGGGAGGCGAGGGAGGUGGUUGUUGCGGGAGGGGGACUGUGGGAUGCGUUGGGGCAUGGGGGGAAGAUGGUCUUGGGCGUGGUGGGAUUGAGUGCGUGGAUGUUGUUGAUGACGGCGAUUUACUUUCAUACGUGGUUUGAGAAGCUUACUGGGCUUCUUGUCGCGCUCAUGGGAUUGUACUUUACGUACAUCGUGCCGCGCUUUGUCCCGGCGUUGCGUGGAAUCGUUGGACUGCCUGGUCUUUAA